CAUUGUAUUGUUUGUCAGUCAGAUAUUAUUGGUAUGAAAUAAUGUAUUGCUAAAUGUAUACACUAGGCUAUGCUACAGCUGCUGCGAUAGCUGAGCUCGUCUCAAAACGAGGCUGCAGCGUCAUGAGAAAACGCAAAACCUCACCCAGAGAGAAGCAACAGACCGAGCGACUGGAGGCGCUAACAGAUCGGAGCUACGGAGGAUAACUGGUGACACCAGACACAGUGAACGAUGCGUGAAUACAAGUUAGUAGUCCUCGGCUCUGGAGGUGUGGGCAAGUCUGCUCUGACUGUACAGUUUGUUCAGGGGAUUUUCGUGGAGAAAUAUGACCCGACAAUAGAAGACUCAUACAGAAAGCAAGUGGAGGUGGACGGGCAGCAGUGUAUGCUGGAGAUUCUGGACACUGCAGGGACGGAACAAUUCACAGCAAUGAGAGAUCUGUACAUGAAGAAUGGCCAGGGCUUUGCGUUAGUGUACUCCAUCACAGCCCAGUCCACCUUCAACGAUCUGCAAGACCUACGAGAACAGAUCCUCCGAGUCAAAGACACUGACGAUGUUCCGAUGAUUCUGGUGGGUAAUAAAUGUGAUCUGGAGGAUGAGCGUGUUGUGGGGAAGGAACAGGGCCAGAACCUGGCCAGACAGUGGAGCAGCUGUGCUUUCCUGGAGUCCUCUGCAAAGUCCAAGAUCAACGUCAACGAGAUCUUCUAUGACCUGGUCAGGCAGAUCAACAGGAAAACCCCAGUACCUGGGAAGACACGCAAAAAGUCCAACUGUCAGCUCCUCUAAUACACAGCUGCUCUGUCGCACUGAGCCAGGUCUGAUUUGCUGCUGUCUCUCUCAGCAGUGCCAGCAUUCCGACGUUACUAAAACCUAAGAUGGAAUGGACUUUCCUGUGUGGUGAAGCCCCUUUAACAACAACAACAAACAAACAAACCCACCAACGGAUUCAAAGCUACAAUACAUCACUUUUUACACACAGAUGAACCAUUAUCUCUCUCCAGUGUCACGAGAACAAGAGUUCUACUUAGAAAUAUAGAUAUUCUAACUGUAUGCAACUGAAAUGAAAAAAUUCAGUUCAUAAAAUAAAGUAAAUUUAAUAAAUAAAAUAGGUAAAUCAGU